ACCAAAAAGCAACCAUCUCGCGACUCACAAAACCCCCCACCAUGUCGAUGUCCACCGCAGCCUCGCCCUCCCCCAUCCAAGUCUUCCGCGACCCCUCCCCCCUCCGCCAAUGGCGCCGGCAGCUCCUCCUCUCGAACAAAAGCCUCGGGUUCGUGCCGACCAUGGGCGCGCUCCACGAAGGCCACCUCUCGCUGAUGCGCCAAGCCGCCGCUGAGAACACCGACAUCCUCGUCAGCAUCUACGUCAACCCGACGCAGUUCGGCGUGAACGAGGAUCUGUCGAGCUACCCGCGCACAUGGGACAGCGACGUCGCGAAGCUGCAGGCGCUGAACGCCGAGCUGGACGCGCAGGGCAAAGCCGGGGGCCGAGUCAGUGCGAUCCUGGCGCCGACGAGCCGUGUGAUGUAUCCGAGUCUGCCGCCGAGUUCGGAAGUCGAUGGCGAUGGGUCCUUUGUGACGAUUACGCCGAUCUCGAGACGGUUGGAGGGCGCGUCCAGGCCGGUGUUCUUCCGUGGCGUGGCCACCGUGUGCAUGAAGUUGUUUAAUCUGGCGGCGGCGGAUAGGGCUUAUUUCGGACAGAAGGACGUGCAGCAGACGGUGGUGAUUAAGCGUAUGGUGAAGGAUUUUCACAUCGAUACGGAGGUGCGCAUCGGGGCGACGGUGCGCGAGGAGGACGGGCUGGCGAUGAGUUCAAGGAAUGUGUAUCUUGGGGAGAGGAGGAGGGCGGUGGGAUUGGUGCUGUAUCGGGCGCUGAGGGCGGCUGAGGAGGCGUAUGCAUCUGGGAAGACGAGGAGGGAGGAGAUUCUUGGUGCGGCGAAUGAGGUGGCGCAGGGGGUGUUGGCGGAGCAGCAGGCUCUGAGCCCAUCGGAGAGGGCGCUAUACGAGGUGGAUUAUAUCUCGUUGGCGGAUCCAGAGAGUCUGGAUGAACUGGAGGUGGUGGAUGCGGCGCAGGGGGCGAUUCUGAGCGGCGCGGUGAAGAUGGCGCCGCUGGAGGAGUCGCGCGAGGGUGAGGAUUGCGGGCUGGGCGAUGGGCAGGUGCCGGUGAGGCUGAUUGACAACUUGAUCAUGAAGCCUCUUGUAUCUUAGGAAUCCGGCGAUGCGAUGUACAAUAUCAACCUGAAUAUAAUACCCAAGUACUAGAAGACCAAACAGGAAAUUAGGGCA